AUGUAAAUAUUAAUUAUUGCUGAAGAUAAUUCAUAAUUAUUAUUAGUUAAUUAAUAAUAAUUAUUAAAAUUAUAAGAAUUAAAUAUUCAAUAAUAAGAAUAAUUAAAAUAAUUAAAUUAAGAAAUAGAUCAAUUGAAAAAGAAUGAAUUACAAUUAUAAAAUGAAUUAUAAUAAAAUAAAUAAUUAAAUGAUACUUUAAAUACUAAAUUAAAAGAAUAAUAAUAAUAAUAUUAAUAAUUAUAAGAUACUUUAAAUAAUAAUAUAAAAGAAUUAAAAACUAAAGAUUAAGAAUUAUAGAAUCAAUUACUUUAACAUUAAGAUUUAUUAAAAGAAUUAAAAUGUGUAUAUCCAUAUAUAUCUAUAAAAUGGACAAUUGGUAAAAAUACAAUUUUAAAAGAUGAUUAUUUUAGUAAAAUUCUUAAAACAAUUGAAGAAAAAACUAAGAAAAAAGUGAAAAACUAAUAUUUCAUUUAUUCUGGAGCAUAAAAUGGAUUAAAUGGACAAUCCUUUUGGAAAUCUGUUGAUAAACUAUCAAAUUUAUUAAUGAUAUUUAAAUCUAAAAGUGGAUAUAUUUUUGGUGCAUUUUCUCCAUGUACAUGGAUGUCAAAUUGUAAUGGUUAUAUUUAAGAUGAUACAUUGUCAUCAUUUAUAUUUUCAUAGACUCAUGAUUAAAUAUAUCCUAUCAAAGAAGGAUAUAAAUAACAUGCUAUUUAUAGUGGUCAAUAAUAUGGACCUAUUUUUGGUAGUGGUCAUGAUAUUUAUAUUUCAACAGAUUUUUAAGGUUCUUCUUCUAAUUUAGGAAAUUCUUAUCAAUGUGAUUAAUUCCAAAUAAAUAAUAAUCGUACACAUUUAUUUGGUCAAUCAACUCCAAAUAUAGCAGAAUGUGAGAUAUUGAUGUUAACAUUUUUAUGA